CUCGGCGGUUUCCGCACGCGCUCGGCGGUUUCCGCACGCGCUCGGCGGCUUCCGCGUGCGCUUGGCGGCUUCUGCGUGCUCUCGGCUCCGCGCCGCCUCGCCCGAUGGCACCUCAGCGGAGGGCCGCGCCUAAAGCCCCCGAGGGCCGCGCGGAGGCUGAGCGCCGGCGCCCCAGCAGCUCCAGGAAGGACCGAGCCCCGCAGAAGGGGUCCAGGGUAUGGCUGCAGGCUGCAGGCCUGGCGGCCGUCGUGGCAGUGGCCGCCCUGCUGCUGUGGAGCAGCCUGGGGGCCGACAACGGGAUCAGCGGAGUCCUGGCCCGCCGUGGGGAGGUCGUGGCCCACAGGUUCAUUGAGGUGCCCUGUUCCGAGGACUACGACGUCCACCAGAGGUUUGAAGGUUGCACCCCCAGGAGGUGUGGCCGAGGCGUGAGUGACACCGUCAUCUCCAGAGAGGACGCGCAGCGCAUCCGCAGCAUAGCUGAGAAGGGGCUGUCGUUGGGAGGAUCUGACGGAGGGGCAUCCAUCCUGGACCUGCACUCAGGGGCCCUGUCAGUUGGGAAGCACUUUGUGAACCUGUACAGAUACUUCGGGGAUAAAGUACAGACCGUCUUCUCGGAAGAGGACUUUCAGUUGUACCGCGAAGUGCGGCGGAAGGUCCAGCUGACCGUGGCCCAGGCCUUUGACCUGAGCAUGUCUUCACUGCACCUGACAAAACCCACGUUCUUCUCGCGCAUCAACAGCACAGACGCGCAGACAGCGCAUGACGAGUACUGGCACACGCACGUGGACAAGGUGACCUACGGCUCCUUCGACUACACCUCGCUGCUCUACCUCUCCGACUACCUGGAGGACUUCGGCGGAGGGCGCUUCGUGUUCGUGGACGAAGCAGCCAACAUGACGGUGGAGCCACGAGCAGGCCGGGUCUCCUUCUUCACGUCCGGCUCUGAGAACCUGCACCGUGUGGAGAAGGUCCGUUGGGGCACCCGCUAUGCCAUCACCAUCGCCUUCACCUGUAACCCCGACCACGCCAUCGCCGACCCCACGUUCACGUAGCGGGAG